AUGAGGUUUGACAUAAGUGACUCCUGCAACAAUUUUAACCAUUGCCAUUGUGAGGAAGGAUAUACCCCUCCUGACUGUGCAAAGAAGGCUGGGGGAUUUGGAAGUGUUGAUGAUGGACAUGAAAUUAAAAUGGCUGGAAAAUCUGCAGAUAGAGGUCCUGGUAGUUCACAAAAACAAUACUUUCAAGUCAGUUUGUACGUUUCCGUACCUCUGCUUAUCAUUACUAUUGCCCUUUUAAUUAAUCAGGAUAAAAUAAGAAAGCAAUGCUUCAGAGAGGAAAGUGAAGCUGACAGAUCUAUGGCAGAAGAAAACACUACCACUAGCAGCAUCAAGUCAUCCCCCACUGAAAAGUGAGUAUGGAACAAUGUAAUAAAUCACCUUGCAACCUAUGUUUUGAUCAUUGUCUAGGAC